AUGGCGAUUGAUUCAGAGGAGUUCCUCCACCUGGCCCGGCCUAUUGCCCCCGCCGCCCCAGGCUUCAACACAAAUAUCUCCCCCAUGACAGUCAACAUCCAGCCACAAGCAAUCCUCUCAAUCCUCGACCAUGCCAUCCGUCGCGACGAUACUGCCCCAGAAGACACCUCGCCAGACGCACCCCAGCCCCGCGUCAUCGGCGCCUUGAUAGGCGUGCGAUCCGAGGAUGGCACCGAGGUCGAGGUGCGCAACACCUUCGCCAUCCCCCACGUCGAGAAUGAGGAGCAGGUCGAGGUCGACGUUGAGUACCAGCGCACCAUGCUGCAGCUGUCCCUCAAGGCCAGCCCCCGCGAGACGCUGCUGGGCUGGUACGCCACCAGCCUCGAGCUCAACAGCUUCUCCGCCCUCAUCCAGAACUUCUUCGCCUCCCCCGAGACGGGCACCUUCCCCCACCCCGCCGUCCACCUGACCAUCUCCACCGAGCCAGGCAAGGACAUCGAGACUCACGCCUACAUCUCCGCCCCGGCCGCCGUCAACCCCGACCGCGCGGCCGAGUCGUGCCUGUUCAUCGAGGUGCCCCACAAGCUGUCCCAGGGCGACGCCGACCGCGCCGCCCUCGAGGCCAUCGCGGCCGCAGCCAACAACGAGUCGCGCCAGGCACCACUCGUCCCGGACAUCGAGGCCCUCGCCACGGCCAUCGCCCAGACCGAGGACCUGCUGGAGCGCAGCUCCGGCUACGUCGGCGAGAUCCUCGACGAGGAGCGCGACCCCAACCAGGCCCUGGGCCAGUACAUGAUGAACAACCUGUCGCUGGCCCCCAAGGUCGCCCCCGAGUCCAUCGAGCACGACUUCAACAACCACAUCCAGGACGUCCUCAUGGUGAGCUACCUGGCCAACACCAUCCGCACCCAAAUCGAUCUGUCGCAGCGCCUCGCCACGAGCGCCCUCACCAUGGAGCACAAGGAAGGCGCUCCCCCCAAGGAGGGCGAGGAAGGAAAGGGCGAGCGCGGCGAGCGCGGAGGCAGGGGCGGCAAGCGAGGUGGCCGCGGCGGCAGGGGCGGUGGCCAGCCCAGGGAGCCCAGGGAGCCCCGUGAGCCGCGCGAGAACGGCGAGUAG